AUGGCGAUAGACCGGCGACGCGAAGCGGCUGGCGGAGGCCGGCAGCUGCCCGAGGAGAACGGGUCCCUGCCGGCCGGGGAGGCGGGCUCGGCGGCAGCAGCGACGCUGGCGGUGGCUCCCCCCGCGACCGCGGAGAUCCAGACCCUGCCGCCGCCUGCCGCCGCCUCCUGCAGCCCCCUGCUGCUGGACUACGAUGGCUCGGUGCUGCCUUUCCUCGGCGGGCUGGGCGGCGGGUACCAGAGGACCCUGGUGCUGCUGACUUGGAUCCCGGCCCUUUUCAUCGGCUUCAGCCAGUUCUCGGACUCCUUCUUGCUGGACCAGCCUGACUUCUGGUGCCGGGAGCCGGACGGGCAGGGCAACGGGACGGACAACUUGACCCGGGGCCUGGCUAACCACAGCCAGAGCAGCAGCGCCGGGAUGCUGGGGGCCCCGGCGCUGCCCACCCCGCCGCCGGGAGACAACGCCAGCCAAUGCCACUGCCACGAGUGGCACUACCUGAUCAGAGCCGGUCUCGUCCAGAACGUCGUGAGCAAGUGGGAUCUCGUUUGUGAAUCUUCCUGGAAGGUCCAUAUUGCUAAAUUCUCCCUACUGGUAGGCUUAAUCUUUGGCUACUUGAUAACAGGAUGUAUAGCUGACUGGGUUGGUCGACGGCCAGUGCUACUCUUCUCGGUCAUAUUCAUUCUGAUAUUUGGACUGACUGUGGCUCUCUCAGUAAAUGUGACAAUGUUCAGCACACUCAGGUUUUUUGAAGGGUUUUGCCUGGCUGGAAUAAUCCUCUCCCUGUAUGCACUGAGAAUAGAACUCUGUCCUCCUGGGCACCGGUUCAUGGUCACCAUGGUGGCAAGCUUCAUUGCAAUGGCAGGACAGUUCCUCAUGCCAGGUCUGGCUGCCCUCUGCAGGGACUGGCAGGUUCUCCAGGCGGUCAUCAUCUGCCCUUUCCUGCUGAUGCUGCUUUACUGGGUUAUUUUCCCGGAGUCCCUUCGGUGGCUGAUGGCUACACAACAAUUUGAGGCAGCCAAGAAACUUAUUCUUCACUUCACUAACAAGAACGAGAUGAACGUUGAAAGUGAUAUCAAAGGAGUGAUGCCCGGACCCUUGCCUUCCUCAGAGCACAGGAUGGACGAUUCUCCUGGAAUGAAGCUGUUGUCUGUAGGAUCCCUACCUCAUUUGUUGCAGAAGUUGGAAGAGCUGGAGAAGGAGCUUACCAGGAGGCCCAAGAAGGUCUGCAUUGUUAAAGUGGUGGGAACCAGGAACCUGUGGAAAAACAUUGUAGUAUUGUGUGUGAACUCGCUGACCGGGUUUGGGAUACAUCACUGCUUUGCAAAAAGCAUGAUGGGUCAUGAAAUGAAGAACUCGAACCCCCACCAUUUCUAUACAGACUACUAUACCAUGGCAGGGAUUGCUCUGGCAUCCUGCCUGGCUAUGUGCCCAGUCGUUGGGUUUCUAGGGCGAAGAGGAGGACUGCUGCUGUUCAUGAUUCUCACAGCUCUGGCAUCGCUUCUACAGUUAGGCCUUCUCAACUUGAUCGGAAAAUAUAGUCAACUUCCAGACUCAGGUAUGAGUGACAGCGUCAAGGACAAAUUCUCUACUGCAUUUUCCAUUGUGGGUAUGUUUUCUUCGCAUGCUGUUGGAAGUCUUAGUGUUUUCUUCUGUGCUGAAAUCACACCAACAGUAAUAAGGGGAGGUGGACUCGGACUUGUCCUGGCCAGUGCAGGCUUUGGUAUGCUGACUGCACCUAUAAUGGAGCUUCAUAACCAGAAAGGCUACUUUCUGCACCAUGUGAUCUUUGCCUGCUGUACGCUCAUUUGCAUCAUCUGUAUUCUUCUCUUGCCGGAGAGCAAGAACCAAAACCUGCCUGAGAACAUCCCAGACGGCGAACACUACACCAGGAAGCCCCUCCUGCCACACAAGAAAGGGGAGCAGCCCCUGCUUCUGACAAACUCUGAACUCAAGGAUUACUCUGGCCUCCACGAUUCGUCAGCUGUGGGCGACGGGGUGUCCGAGAAUACCACUGCCAAUGGGAUGUAA